CACCCUUCGUUAUCCCCUCUCUUCUUCUUUGAAACCUUCGGGCUACCCACGGAGAGCGAGCGAGAGUGAGACACAGGCUCAUCGAUCGGUAGUAGCAGCGGCAGAUCCGAGCUGGGAUUCCCGGAGGCGAUCGCCGUCCCUUGGCGAGCAUUCCCGAGAUCGGCUAUCGGCUUCUCCGAUCGGCCGUGCCGCCAUCUUUUCCGUCAUCAGAAGAAACGUGAGUAGUAACAGCACAUAAUGUAUCCAAAGAAGUAUGGAGGAAAAAAUUCUACUGCUUCAGCUACUGGGGGUAAUCCAUCAAGAGGAAGAGUUGCCGAACAACAAGGUUCUGGAAAAGGCAAUCCAACUAUUAAUCAGUUGAACAAGGACAUGGCUAAUGUGGGUUUAGAAUCACAGGAGGAUGGAUGGGAGGUGUAUGCAAAAAAAUCAAGGAACAGAGCUGGUGGUGCACCAUCAAAACCUUCGGAUUCUUCAAAUGCUUCAUCUAAAGCAUGGGCCCAUUCAGAAGGGGUGUCUAGGCAAGGAUGGGGUGGAGAUGGAGGAGCUGGUAGGACAUCUGGGAAUAAUUAUGCCCAAGCCAAUGAUUCUCGUAGGCCUGUUGGCAGAGGUAAUUCAAAGCAGCAACCACCUACUAAAAGCUGGGAGUCACAAUAUAUGGCACCACCCUCGGCUAUACCUCCACCUCUGCAACAUGGCUGGCAAUGGCCUAUAAAAGGUUAUUCAUCUGGUUCUCAACCAAAGGCAGAAGAACUUAUCUCCAAAGAUCUUCCCCGUGAUGGUUCUUUUGGUGGAGACGACUCUGAUGCUGACACAGUACCUAAACAACAUGAUGAUGAUGAUUUAGAUGAUGAUGAAGAUGAUUUGUUGGAUGAUAGCGAUGAUUUCAGUGAUGAUUAUGAUUCUGAUGCAAGUCAAAUCAGCCAUGAGACUAGAAAGAAAAAUAAAUGGUUCAGGAGAUUCUUUGAAGACCUGGAUAAACUGACAGCUGAAGCAAUUAAUGAACCAACUAGACAAUGGCAUUGUCCGGCAUGCCAUAAUGCUCCAGGUGCCAUUGACUGGUACAAAGGUCUGCAACCAUUAAUGACCCAUGCAAAGACCAAAGGUGCUACCAGGGUGAAACUUCAUCGGGAGCUUGCUUCACUUUUAGAAGAAGAGCUUCGCCGGAGGGGAACUUCUGUGGUACCUGCAGGUGAAGUAUUUGGUAAAUGGAAGGGACUCAAAGAGACUUCAACGGACCAUGAAAUAGUUUGGCCUCCAAUGGUGGUUGUUAUGAACACUUUAUUGGAGCAAGACGAGACUGAAAGGUGGCUUGGCAUGGGAAACCAAGAGCUCCUUGAUUAUUUCAGCUCGUAUGCAGCAGUGAAAGCCCGUCAUUCCUAUGGCCCUAACGGGCAUCGCGGAAUGAGUGUUUUAGUUUUUGAAGCUACUGCAAUGGGCUACUUGGAGGCUGAGCGCCUGCAUAAACAUUUUGCAGAGCAAUGCACUGAUAGGGAUGCUUGGGAACGUCCUCGUCGGAAUCUAUUCUCUGCAGGCGGUAAACGCCAGUUAUAUGGUUACUUGGCAUCUAAAGAAGAUAUGGACGUUUUCAACCAUCAUUGUCAAGGUAAAUCUCGUUUGAAAUAUGAUUUGAGAUCAUACCAGGAAAUGGUUGUAAUUCCAAUGAAACAAAUGAGCGAGGAUAACCAGCAAUUAGUUUGGCUGAAAAACAAGGUCAUUAAGCAAGAGCAGCGAUCCAAGGCACUUGAAGAGACCUUUGGAGUGGUAACCCAAAAAUUGCGCGAAACCAUGGAAGAGAACAGGAUUGUGAGGCUUAGGACCAAGAUCCAACACGAAGAAAACAAAGAAGAGAUGGACUAUCAAGAGAAAUUUUUCAAGGAACAAAUGGACAAAAUUCACAAGGCAACUGAAGAGAAAGAGAGAACUUUUGAGAAGUUGCUGCAAGAGGAGCGGGCAAAGGCGAAGCAUUCAGAUGUAAAUUGUGGAACCAAUGAAGAGCAGAGGCUUAGGAAGGAAGAGAUAGCAAGGUUCAUCGACAGCCAAGAGAAAGGAGUUGAAGAAUUUGAGGCAGAAAGAGAGAAACUUAUAUUUGCACAUGAAGAACAUAAUGCUGAACUUAGGCGGAAAUAUCUGGCAGAUGAAGUUGAGCUGGAGAAGAAAUUUGAUGCUGCACUGACGAAAUUGAUGGAGAAGUAUGCUCCUAGUAGCUUCCAUGCUUCCUGUAGCAACUCUUAGGACUAAAAAACCCUAGAAAACGGAUAGAAUUCGGAAAUAUCUACUGAAUUUUCUUAGUUUCGACGUCGACAAUUAUACUUUUCAGUGUCUCCUAAUGGAAUCUUAUGCUCGGAAAACAUGACCCAAAAAGGAAAAAAAAAACAGUUUAGGAACAGUGGAGAAGAUUUAAUUAACUUAGCCGCACCUUUUGUGUC